AGGCUAGCAAUCACGGCCCCUGUUUGUGGUCUCAUCCGGGUCGCUUCCUCUGGGUGGGUGUGGUGAAGAAAGAAAAAUUAGUUCCCAUUUUCAGAGCUCUUUCAGCUCGCAGACCUUGCUUUCUUAUCCCCUUUCUACUCGUAUACUAGAUCUGAUCUUCCUGGUGUGGAACACAGGAUCAAAGAAACACAGCCAUGGAGCUGGUGGUCGGCGCUUCGGCGGCGACGAUGAAGUCUCUCCUGGGUAAGCUGGGUGGCCUCCUUGCCCAGGAGUACACCUUGAUUAGGGGCGUCAACAGCGACCUCCAGUACAUCAACGACGAACUAGCCACAAUGCAGUCCUUCCUCCGCACCGUCGCCGGAAGCCACGACAGCGACGACCUGAUGAAGGACUGGAUGAAGCAGAUCCGUGACGUCACGUACGACGUGGAGGACUGCAUCGACGACUCCGGCCACCGCCUCCACGGCAUCCGCGCCGACAGGUGCUGCUACUUCCUCGUCAACGGCGUCCACGAGGUCCUCACCGGGCGGCCUCGCCGCGACGUCGCCGUCAGGAUCUCCGUCCUCAAGGUGCGGGCACAACAGAUCGGCGAGCGGCGGCUGCGGUACGGCGUCGACAACCCGCAGAGAGUCGGAAGCGGAAGCACCCCUACCGCCGGAUUCGACGCCGCCGAAAACCAGGACGCGAGCCUUCAGAUCGUCACCGUGAAGGAACCCGUGGGGGUUGAGAAGCACAUGGAGGAGCUCGAAAGGUGGGUCACCGACGAGAACAGCGGCGGCGUGCUGUACAUCGUCGGGUUCGGAGGGGUGGGGAAGACCACCAUCGCCACCGCCCUGUACAGGAAAUUUGGGGAAAAUUUCUCCCACCGUGCGACGGUCUCCGUGUCCCAGAGCUCCGACGUGGAGGCCGUCCUCAGGAACAUAAAGAGUCAGGUCAUGCCGCUGCAGAUCGACAGCCACCAGCAGCACGGCAGCUUGCCGGAGAACAGUCUCGCGGCAGCGGUAAAAGCCGUGCCCCGGCACAUCGGGCAAGGUGCCUCAGCCGUCGUGGCCAGGCUCCGCAACUUUGGCAGGUCAGUGCAAACAACUGAGCGUGGGAAGCAAGAUCAGCUCAAGGAGGAACUUCAGAAGCAUUUCGGGGAAGACAGUUACUUGCUCUUAAUUGACGACGUAUGGUCUGCAGCAACAUGGGAUCAAAUUAGAAAAUCACUUCCUCAAAGGAACAAACGAGGCAAAAUAAUAGUUACUACACGGUUUCAUGCUGUUGCUAAAAUGCGCAGAGGAGAAGGUAGCAAAGUUUGUCAAGUUGAUGCUCUUAUUGACAGUGAAUCCAAGAAGUUGUUUGAGCAGGCUCUCCAUGAAUCCAGAGGAAGAGAAGGUGCUCCCACACCUGAGAGAGAAGCUGGUGAUCCUGUUAAUAAUGUUAGGUCCAAUGAUGCCAACAAACCUGCACUGUUGCCUACCCAAGCCGUCUCUGGAUCCAAAGGAAGCAAAGAUAAUGCUACAAGAUCCAAAAGAGAAGAAGGUAUUCUUGAUCAUAAUGUUGGUGUAGUUGAUGGAAACACACCUGAAGUGUUACCUGACCAAGCCAUCUCUGAAUCCCAAGGAACAGUUCCGAUGGAAGUAUGGAGUAUGUGCGGGGGGUUGCCACUGGCCAUAGUUACCAUGGCUGGUCAUGUGGCCUGCAACCCAAACAAAUCAAAGGACGAAUGGUUGAAGGACUGCAAAUCUCUAUUUCCAGAGCUAGGGAAAGUUAAAGGUAAAGAUGGUGGUAAGAAACGUACCCAGGAGGAAGUGGGAAAGAUCGUUAGCCAUUGCUACAAUGACAUGCCUGCUGAAAUCAAGACUUGUUCGCUGUAUUUGAGCAUAUUCUCAAAAGGCCACAGAAUCAGCAGGAAACGUUUGACACGGCGAUGGAUCGCUGAAGGCUUUGUCAGUGAGAAGCAGGGGCUGACUGUGGAGGAUGUUGCGGAGACAUAUUUCAAUCAUCUCAUCAGGAGGAAAAUCAUCCUUCCAGUGGAUCACAGCAGCAAUGGAAAGGUGAAGUACUGCAUAGUUCACGACAUGGUCCUUGAGCACAUUGUAGCAAAGGCAAGUGAAGAGAACUUCAUCACUGUUGUUGGUGGUAACUGGCUUAUGCCGCCACCAAGCAGCAAGGUCCGCCGGCUGUCCCUUCAAGGCACUGAUUCCAAGCGUGCAAAGGAUAUAGAGAAGAUGAACUUGUCUCAUGUCCGUUCACUUACCAUGUUUGGGAGCUUGAACAACCAGUUGUCGUCCCAUUCAUUCAAGUUUGGAAUUGUGCAGGUCCUUGAUCUUGAAGGCUGCAUGGGUUUUAAACAGCAUCACACAACGGAGAUAUGCAAAAUGCUUCUCCUCAAAUAUCUCAGCCUCCGAGCAACAGAUAUAAAAAGUCUUCCUGAUCGGAUCGGGAAGCUCGUGAACUUAGAGACUCUGGACAUAAGGGAGACGAAUGUUCUUGAGUUGCCUAAAGAAGUGUGCCAGCUUGAACAGCUGGUCAACAUACUUGGUGGGAAUAAAAGAACACGGAAGGCACUUAAGCUUCCUGGAGAGCUGAAUAAGAAGAAGAAAAUGAAGGGCCUUCGCAUACUGUCAGGGAUUGAGAUCACUGCAGGAUCAGUGGAUUUGCAUCAUUUGACCGAGCUGAGGAAGCUUGCUAUCUACAAGCUGGUAACCAUGGGGGAUGAUUCGAGUUUCGAAGAAUUAAGAUCCUCUAUCGAAUAUCUUGGUGGCUACUCUCUACACACGCUCAUAAUUGGUGAUGAGUCAUCCAAGUUUAUCAAUUCACUGGAUGAUCUUUCAUCACCCCCAAUAUUCCUUAUUGCCCUUGAGUUAUCCGGCAAGAUGGUUAAGCUUCCCAGAUGGAUCAGACAACUCAGUGCUCUCAACAAGUUAACCCUGCCAAUAACAGCUCUCCGGACGGAUAAUUUGAGGCAACUUAGCGAUCUGGAGGAAUUGUUUUCUCUCACCUUUUCAUUUACUGCACAGAAUUAUGAUGCAGAAACCUUGACCAUUCUUUCAGAAAACAAGCUGCACUCCCGUGGGCAGAUCAAAGUUCCGGAAGCAGGAUUCAAGAGUCUCAAGCUUCUUCGUUUCUCUGCUCCUCUGUUGCCAUUGCUCAGCUUUCCAAAAAAAGCCAUGCCGGAGCUGGAAAGGCUUGAGCUGCGGUUUAACCUGCUGGAGGGCCUUUUUGGCGUAGAGAACCUUGAAAAACUCAAAGAGGUGCAUUUGACAUUAGACGACAAAACCCGCCAAGCUGUGACAAAGAAGAUAGCAGGCGAGAUGGAGAAUGCAGCGAAGAAGACCAAAGCCAAGGCACCCAGGAUAAUCCUUGAGACAGUAAUUCACUCAAAUUGAAAGUAAACCAAACUGUUGUGCUUUGUAAAUCAUCGCGAGUUGAGAAGCAUCAUGUAGUUCAAAACAUGUUCUCAGAAUUUUAUUUAAGCAAUUCGUGGCAAACCUAUUUAAAUUGGGAUGAUUGUUCGUUGUGGCCCAUCAUAAGAGAGCCUUAAACAUUCUAUCAUUUGUGUAUGCGACUUUGUUGAUUUCUUAUUAUGGUUGCGACCUUGCGUUUGAA